GACGUCGGGGCGCCGCGACGAGCCGAUUGGCUGGGGUUCGGCGGCCCACGCCAGGGCGGGGGAAGGGGGCGGCCGAACCGCGUUGCUGAACCUGGCUGGACCCGGCUGGGCCGAGCGGGGCGGGAGCUCUGCGCGCGCUGUGACCGAGUCGGAGCCCGAGCCGCGGCCGCAGCCGCCAUGCGCUGGGUCCGAGUGCUGCUGAAGAAUGCCUCUCUGGCAGGGGCGCCCAAGUACAUCGAGCACUUCAGCAAGUUCUCUCCGUCGCCGCUGUCCAUGAAGCAGUUUCUGGACUUCGGAUCCAGCAAUGCCUGUGAGAAAACCUCAUUCACCUUCCUCAGGCAGGAGCUGCCGGUGCGCCUGGCUAACAUCAUGAAGGAGAUCAACCUGCUUCCCGACAGGGUGCUGAGCACACCCUCAGUGCAGCUGGUCCAGAGCUGGUAUGUCCAGAGUCUCCUGGACAUCAUGGAAUUCCUGGACAAGGACCCUGAGGACCACCACACCCUGAACCAGUUCACUGAUGCCCUGGUCACCAUCCGGAACCGGCACAAUGACGUGGUGCCCACCAUGGCGCAGGGCGUGCUUGAGUACAAGGACACGUACGGCGAUGACCCUGUCUCCAAUCAGAACAUCCAGUACUUCCUAGACCGCUUCUACCUCAGCCGCAUCUCCAUCCGCAUGCUCAUCAACCAGCACACCCUGAUCUUUGAUGGCAGCACAAACCCAGCCCAUCCCAAACACAUCGGCAGCAUCGACCCCAACUGCAACGUCUCUGAGGUGGUGAAAGAUGCCUACGACAUGGCCAAGCUCCUGUGUGACAAGUAUUACAUGGCCUCACCUGACCUGGAGAUCCAGGAGAUCAAUGCAUCCAACCCCAAACAGCCAGUUCACAUGGUCUAUGUUCCCUCCCACCUCUACCACAUGCUUUUUGAGCUCUUCAAGAAUGCCAUGCGGGCAACAGUGGAAAGCCAUGAAUCCAGCCUUACUCUCCCCCCGAUCAAGGUCAUGUUGGCCUUGGGAGAGGAAGAUUUGUCCAUCAAAAUGAGUGACCGAGGUGGGGGUGUCCCCUUGAGGAAGAUCGAGCGACUCUUCAGCUACAUGUACUCCACAGCACCCACCCCCCAGCCUGGCACUGGAGGGACCCCGCUGGCUGGCUUUGGUUACGGGCUCCCCAUUUCCCGCCUCUACGCCAAGUACUUCCAGGGGGACCUGCAGCUCUUCUCCAUGGAGGGCUUUGGGACUGAUGCUGUCAUCUAUCUCAAGGCCCUGUCCACGGACUCGGUGGAACGCCUACCCGUCUACAACAAGUCAGCCUGGCGCCACUACCAGACCAUCCAAGAGGCUGGUGACUGGUGUGUGCCCAGCACAGAGCCCAAGAACACGUCCACCUACCGUGUCAGCUAGGGGCCCCUGCUCAUCUGUACCUGAGAGGAUGGACUACUGUCUCUGGGACCGGCCACCAUGGUGACCCUCCCUGUCCCCCAAGGCCUGGGGUGGGGGGUUUUCCCUGAUGACCAGGUUCUGUCUCUGCGGAAAUCACUGCGGUGACUGUUCUGUGGUGGCCCCCAAGUGCCAAUCUCUGUCUCCAUGGAGACCCCUACGUGGUCUCCCUGGUGUCCAGUCUCUGUGGGUGAAGCCUGAGAGUUGGGGGACAUCUCUACCCUGAUGGGGUGUCCCAGAGAUACUUUUCCACGGCAGUCCUCUUCUCUGAGACCAGGCUGUCACUUUUUGCCAGGGGUCUUGGGUCUCUUCACUGCCCUACAAGCCCUGACCUUUUCACGUGGAUGCCCCUGCUUGCCUUAUUCCCCCAGCCCUGGUCCUGGCCUGUUGUGUUAGGAAGGGACUGGGUGUCCCAGAUCUGGGGUAGUUGGUGGGGAAAGGGGUUGGGCCCCAGACCCCCGUUCAGGGACCUGGUCCUGCAGCCUCUCCCUCCACUCUGAGCCUUAAGGUCAAGGUUGCAAGGGAGGGAGGGGGCUCUCCCCCAGCACCCUAAAGUGAAAGAACCUGGGGAGCCUGGGAAGUUGCCUGUCCAGCGAGCUGCUCGAGGCCUUGCAGGCAGCCUCAGCAGUGUUCUGCCCUCUCUCCAGUCCUUCCCCGGCAUGUCCUCACAUGCAUACACCCAUCUGCCCACACACACGGUCCCCUCCUGAGCUCCAGACCCCAACUCACGCU